AUGGGUACCGCGUGGUUCUUUGUUUUCAACGGCGCGCCUAGUUCAUAUUUCAUGAACAGUUUGGAGUAUGACUGUAUGGCACUUGGUAACCAUGAAUUUGACAACGGUAUCGACGGUUUAAUACCGUUUUUAAACAAUGUGACAUUCCCUGUGAUUAGCGCGAAUAUUGAUGCAACAUAUGAACCGUCGAUUGACGGAUUGUAUUACCCAUCCACUGUGUUGGAGAUAGGCGGGGAAAGGAUUGGUUUGGUUGGUUACACCCUCGAUGAAACUGCUGGGUCCACUACAGGUGAUCUUAUAUUUACUGACGAAAUCGAGGCUGUUCAGGCGGAAGUGGAUAUACUCGUGAAUGACGGGAUUACCAAGAUCAUUGCUCUGGGACAUUCUGGGUACACUAAAGAUAUGGAGAUAGCAGAGCAAGUAAAAGGAGUUGACCUGGUCAUAGGGGGUCACUCACACACAUUGCUGUAUACAGGUACGCCACCGGCCGAAGAGGAUGAGGACAUAGUUGAAGGUCCUUAUCCAACAAUGGUCACUUCAUCACAUGAUGCUUCGGUCCAGGUUCCCGUCAUUACUGCAUAUAAAUACGGAAAGUAUUUGGGAUAUCUAAACAUGACGUUCGAUGAUAACGGUAUCCUGACAGCGUAUGACGGCAACCCGAUAAUACUGGACAACAAUGUGGCACAGGUGGAACGCCUUAAGUGUGUACCGUAUGUGAGAUUCACAGACUAA